AUGCGUCUUGCUCUCCUUGCCACCAUCCUGGCCGCUGCCAGCGUCUACGCCCAGACCCCAGUCAACCCCAACACUGUCCCCACCUGUGUUCAGUCGUGCUCCGUCAAGGGCGCCAAGGCUGCCGGCUGCAUCAACCCUCUUCAGACCGACUGCGUCUGUAACGAACCCGGCCACUCCGUGUUUUUGAACGAGGCUGCUAACUGUCUUAUCGACAACUGCAUCACGGAGAUCAACGCUGCCGUCGCCAUCCAGUCCAACCUUUGUGCGUACGGUGUGGACUGCCAACCCCCCUUCACCAUGUGUGGCACUCUCUGCAUCGACCCCUCGGCGGAUACUUGCGUUUCGGGUGUCCCCACCCGUCGUGGAUUUGGUCUGGCUUACUGCAAGCCCAACGAGAAGGCGUGCCGCGUCCCCACUUUCGGCAUCCAGCAGAAGCGUGCCCACCAGCCCGCCAACUACGAAAUUUACGAGUGCAUCGACGUCAUGACUAACCUCGAGGCCUGCGGCGGCUGCCCCGACGAGGGUGGCGAGGACUGCUCGACCAUCUUCGGUGCCCUUGACGUGGCUUGCAUCCGCGGUCGCUGCGUCGUUGCCGAGUGCGAGGAGGGCAUGAAGCUCCACAACGGUCGCUGCCGUUAA